AUGCAAUUAACCCCUGGUAGUAGAUUAUAUAAUCAAUGGUUACAGCCGACAAUACCAAUUCCAAUGCAAUUCUAUUUUUUUAAUCUAACCAAUCCAUUAGAAUUUCAGUCGGGCGGAAAACCAAUUUUACAACAAUUAGGCCCAUAUACUUAUCAUGAGAAACGUUCCAAAGUUAAUGUUAAGCAUGAUGCACAAAAUGGAACACUUGAAUACAAUGAAAUUAAACAAUAUUAUUUUGAUAAAACUGCAUCUAUCGGUGAUGAAAAUGACACAAUAACAAGUGUUAAUUUAGGCUUUAUAGAUGCUUUAAUUGAAAUUAUUGAACAUCAUAAUAAUUAUAGCUUGUUUCAGACAAGAACAGUAAAAGAAUUAUUAUGGGGUUAUAAAGAUGACUUUUUAACGCUAUUAUCAAAUUAUUCAAUCAGUGUUCCAAUGACAGAAAUCGGUAUAUUAAUCAAUAAGAAUAAUACACUAAGUGAUACUAUCCUGAUAAAUAAUGGUGUUAAGAAUCAAAAUAUGUUGGGGAAAAUUAUUGAUUUUCAUGGGAUGCAAAUAUUACCUUAUUGGAAAUCGUUAACAGCGAAUAUGAUCAAUGGUUCGGAUGGUACAUUGUUUCAUCCAUUUAUACAAAAACAUGAGAAACUUUAUGCAUUUGCCAAGGAGAUAUGUCGUUCAGUAGAAUUUGUCUUUGAUUCAGAGACUGAAACCAAUAAUUUACCAGCUUAUAAAUAUACUCUAUCAGAGGAUACAUUCAAGUCAGCGAAGACAUGUGAAGCGAAUAAAGGAUUUUGUUUAAAUUGGCCUAACUGUUUCAAUGAUGGUGUUUUAGAUAUGUCAACAUGUCAACCUAAUGCACCGGUGGUUGUUUCACAGGCGCACUUUUUCAAUGCUGAUAAAAGUUAUCAAACUGCUGUUGAUGGGAUACAUCCAAGUGAUGAAUUCAAUACUCAAUUUUAUAUAGAACCAAAUACUGGUGUUAUAUUAAAUGUUCAAAGUAAAUUUCAAGUGAAUAUUAUCCUGAAAAAGAAUAAAAGUAUUAAACAAUUAUCAAAAAUACCUGAUCUAUUAUUAUUACCAUUGGUAUAUUUCAAUGAAUCAGCUAAUUUAAACAAUUCUACAAUUAUUGAACUAAUCAGUAUUGUAGUUAAAGGUCCAAUGAUACUUGAACAAGUUAUGAUAUGCAGUAUUAUUAUUACGAUAUUAAUAUUAUGUUCAAUUUUAUUGAAACCAUUUAUUUAUAUGCAUAGAAUUUAUGAUUUUAGAAGUAGAAAAGAAGAAAAACAACAUUUAUUAAGUGAACGCGAAAAGGAAUAA